UAUUGACUGUGGGUGACCAACGCAAAGAUACGUGUGAGUCCGGGAGCGUGUGUGUAUGUGUGUGUGUGUGUGUUAGUGAGUGUGUGAGUUAGUGCACAAGCGUACGGAAGCAUUCCUCUACCCCAAACAACUCCAUCGUGUGACGCAAGCAGAAUCUCUCGCUGGUCUCGCUGGGUGGUGGUGGUGGUGGUAGGUAAAAAACAUGUGCGACCAUGAUGUACCGGUACCCCUCAAUCGUCAACAGUCGCGGUUGGCUGGCAAGUCUCCCCAUCACCCAAGACCAGCCGGGGCUUCCGAGGUGGACUGGAACGAUUCACUCGUCUUUCUGUGUCGCAGGGUAAUCGUCGCCAAUCUGGAACGUUACCCCCCGGAAGCCUUUGGAAUCGUGGACGAGGACGAAUGGGAAUCUUUGAUCCGCUUACGGCAUCAACGUACGGCUCCCAAAGCAGGAUCGGGAGGUUUAGACGGAACGGGACGGAUCGCACCGGCCCUCAAAGAUCCGCACCUUUCGCAAGUGGAAGCCGCCAAUCCACACUUGGCGGAAUCCGCGAUUGUAGAUUGGCUCGUAUGGCGGGAUUGUACCGAAUUUCGAUUUCGGCGGGGAGGACUCACCCGACCCCGCGCCUUGACGCUACCAUGGCCUCUUCUGGUCAAAUCCAUUCGCAGUUGCGGUUCCACUUUACUACAAACGUUAAGCGCAGAGAACAGGCAACCUGAUCCAACAAUUCUCAAAGAGCGAAUCGAUCUACUGAUGGAAUCACCCAUGAAUGUGCCGUUGCUGCAGGCGUCGGGGAUUGGAAAAAUGGUCAAGGAAGCGAUGCGCUUCAAGUACGUUCCGGACGAGACUGCCGCCCAGCUUAAAUUGAUUUUAAACUUAUGGAAAGAGCUAGCGGCUAGCUACGGAGUUGAGCUGCAGUCGCAGAAAAGCGAGGCGGCGACUCUCGGAGGGGAUUGGAUUCAACGUGCCAAGCAGGAUCAGGAAGAUUUGGAGCAAGUCGAACGAUGUCAAAGCUGGCGGGAACUUUUUGCUUACCUAAAGCAACGCGAGGAGGACCGUCGUUCAUCCCAAGGAAAACGUAUGCGAGAGAUAAGGCAAAGUCUUUCUCAGGACCGCCCCAAAGUAGUCAAAGUGCGACCCACGAGUGCUCGACAACAUCGAAUACUGGAACGCCAGCCGGAACACAAAGACUCAAAUAAUAAGAUGUACAAGCUUCGGAAGGAAGCAUCUGUUGUCUCCGCUCGAAGAUCCCGGGCAAGUAUUUCGUUGAAAGCGAACCCUCCUGCCAAGAAGUCGACGGGAUCGUUCGGGGCUGCCGUCGCAUUCGCGGCCGUCUCGAAAAAAUCCAACGAGGCGAAACAAAGACCCAUAACGCUUGUGCGAAUGGCGGGCGCAAAACAAAUGCGUACAGCGGGUUCCGCGUCCAAAGCUGUUGUUUCGCGACAGAGCGUGUUGAAACACAAAAUUGUACGCAAAUGA